GUUUGUUGAGUAAUGGAUACUAACUCGAGUUAGAUGUUGAUUGGCAAUCAAUGCUUAAAUUCACGCUACGGGAGGCCCGCAUAAUCUUGCUUUGCAUAAGUUGAAGCAGCGGCACUUUGAGUAUGCCUCGUCGAAAGAAGAUCCAUAGUGUGCUUUUUUUUGCUCGCUUGCAGCGUGUCUUCUAAAACUACAGCCUCUGAACGCUUGACACUUGGGAAAAAAUGUGGAAGAACGCGCAGCAGAGCGCGGUAAUGAAGGAAUACCUUAGGGAACGGGCCUGGGGGUUGUUUCGAGUGGCUCUGUUCUUCACGGUAAGUCAAUACGUACUGUCGUAUUAAACCCAAUGGCUUUUCGCAAGAAUUACACGGGAACUCUCCGUGAAUUCGUCCCUUACGGGCUCAGCAAGAUCAUGAUUUUUGCUGCUAGAGGUGUAUAGUUCCUGUAGUUGCUGCGGCUGCCAUCGCUCCCACCUUCCAAGAAAGAGUGGCCUUUCGCCCAACGAAGCUAGCGUGUGGACACUUCUAUGUUGAAAAAAUAAACGCACAACGACUGACAGGUUCCCAUGUUUGUGCGCGAGGAGGCAGCACGGAGCCAGGCUGCGACGGUGGGGGUCUUGUGCUUCUUUCUGCUUCCGCUCGGCUUCGUACCUGAGUCGCGAAAGUUGACGGUGCUCGUGAUCUGCGUCGCCCUUCAGGUCCUAAUGGUGACUCUGCACGCACUGCUUCCGCAGAGUACGACUAGCCUCGGCCCGAGCGGUGACCCUUUGUUGCCUGCAGCAUCCAGCGACCUGGCCUCCCCGUCGUCUACGGCCGGACGCGCCGGGGAGCACGCCGCGGCCCAGCUGCAGAGUCCUCUGUUGGAGGCCGAGAGUGCAAGCUCCGGGGACGACCUGGCGGACGCCACGGGGCUUCCAAAGUCCGAGGCGCCGUUCCACCGGCCAUUUGCAGAACUGAUCCACACGCCGCGGCCACCCGGCGCACACGAGGGGGCGGACGCGUCGGCGGGCACGGGCGAACUGAAGCACACCCCGCAGGAAGACUCUGUGUCGCCGAUUCUGUACCAUCUAUCGACGCGGCAGGAGGAGGACGCGCACCUCGGGGGCAUCGCCGAGAAGAUCACGAACAACGUUAUCUCGCUCGUGCUCACCGCGUCCGCCGACGAUACGCCCGAGGAGGUGGCUGCCACCCUGCGCUCCUUCCUGCUGCACACGGAGCCGGUGUCUAGCAUCGCGGAGGCGGUCGUCGUGGACGCAACCGGCGGCGCGCGCUUCGACGCCGCGCAACUGCAGACCGGGGCUGCGUCCCCGGACAUCCCCGGGUCGUCGGCGCUGCGCGUCCGGCUCUACCAGUCCACCGAACCACAGAGUCUCGGUGGGGCCCGCAACGCGGCCGCGGCCAUGACCACGGGGUCGAUCCUCGUUUUUCUGGACGCGCACAUGCGGGCGAGUCGCAAUUGGAUGGUGCCUCUGGUGCGAGACAUCAACAUCAACUACAAGCGAGUCGUUACCUCUAGCGUGUACGCGCUCGGACCUACCGCGACUGAAGCUGACCCGGUACUGCUAUACGAAAAAGUUUCAUUCUUAGUUUUACAAGAUACGUAUGACCACUACACCGACAUCACGCGUGGCACUUGUGUCCGUGUGAACGAACCGUGGUUGGCAGGAGUUUCGUCAUGCAAGGAAGUAUUAAGCACGAGGUGAAGAAGCCAAACUGAGAAACAAGCUGUCGCUCCUCGGAUGUACCGUAGAAAGACCCUCUAUAAAGUCGCGUUUGCCAUUCGGUACGCCGCAUCUGCAACACUUACAUUCGGUACGCCGCAUUUGCUUCCAAUGUGAGUCUGCGCCUCCUGCAACACUUGCUGCUCGAUCGCUGAUAAUAAAGCGAUACUGACCACUCGCUGAGAAAGAAUACAAAUUAUACCAAAUGAUUCACAGCGGCACGACGUGCGAACGUACAAGAUGGCGUUCCGCAACUGGGCGCUGAGCACUGCCUGGGUGGACGACAUGACGAACCGGGUGGCGGUGAUGAAGGGUAACGCGUUGGCGAUCACGCGCAAGUGGUGGCGCGAACUAGGGCUGUUCGAGGAGUGGGAGGAUUUCGAGACUGUAAUGUCUGAGUACAGCAUCCGCACCUGGCUGGCCGGGGGGGAAAUCCAGGUGGCCCGCGACAGCGUUAUGAAAGGGGAACUAGGCAGGUCGUUCCUCGCUGUUGAGUAGCUUGAGUAUCAUCCUCGCAGUUAAGUGGUCCAUGCCAUGUUCAUGCUUAUGCGCUCAAACAAGGGGGCCAAAAAAUAUUGUACAUCGCUCGCCUGAAAUCAGGAUCCAUGGAUAAGUUCUGUUGUAGCUGCAGCGCUCGCGAAGCACAAAAUCAGAAUCAGUACUCUGCAUAGAAAUUCUACAAAGCUACAGUACUGUGCAAACUGCAGACUGCAGCUGCCCUGUCAGAUUAGGAUUACGCGUAGUUUCCCUUCUAUCAGCUUCCUCGGGGAAACCGCUUCGAUUGACACGGCCGCUGCGGACCCUGCAUUGCAGCUGGAGGACCGGGUCCGGCUGGUGGAUAUGAUACAGGAAAAAACACGCAUAUCAUGUUCCUACACAUGCGGAAAUCAAUGUUGAAACUUGUUCGACCGGAAUUGCAAUAGUAGUUUGCUCUGCAAGAAGGUUAAUUAAGUACUUCUAUUUGUUAUCAUAUGGUGCGGAGUUUUAUGAUUUGGUAUCGGUAUGCGUCCUUUCUGAACAUCAUAAUCGAGAAGUGGUUCUCGAAGAAUGCCAAGGCGAAGUUCUACGCAUCUGCGGGCGGUGCGGACCAGUAUCGGCAAAAACACGAGUACCCUCGGGGCAACCCUAGCUUUUCCACCCCGCCGCUAUCGGGCAGCAAAGGCAAAGAGGAGUCCAAGGGAACCGCGCUCACGCCCGAGAGCGCCACCCUCGUUGAGGAGGACCCCGAGAGUGGCGUCGUGCUACACCGUGGCCGCCGCAUCGACGAACAGAAAUACAAAGAAUUGAAGUACUUGCUCCCUUGAUUCCAUGUAUUGACUGAUGUUCUUGGACAACAACUCCUUUAUCCUCGGCUGUUUGUUAGAUAGCAUGGUCCAAAAAUAAAUCCACUGGGGCGAUUCACCAACUCUAUACAUGUAUCCUCGCUGCAACAAAGUGCAGUCAACCGCAAUGACGGCUAGCUCUGGCUCCUGAUUCCUGCUAUCUAAGAAAGUAUGCGAGUUUCGAUUUCUGUGUGACGAUGCGUCCGUUUUUUUCGCUUAUCAAUUCUGAUACUGUUGAUUUGUCCUUUAGGUCGGCUGCGGAAAGUUCGGAGGCAAAGUCCAGUGGAACGCCGCCGAAGGACUAUCUAGAGUGCCACGGGUUCGCGUUCUACGCAGACCUGUUCGCGGACGAAUUUGUGAACCAGCAGAUGCUGACGCCGCGCACGUUUCGGCUGGAGGCCCCGGGGGUGUGCACAGACUGCUGCGUUUCGGCUUUUCCCUCCAACCCGCACUACCGGCUGGAAACCUGUUCGAGCGAGAAGAGCGGCAAGCAGGAUUUUUACUGGUAUUUCGGGAACGGGCUGCGCAACGUGCAGACCCGCAAUUGCAUGGACGCGGCCUUUCCGCAACAGGGCGGCCACGUUCCCAUCGGGUACCCGUGCAUGAAAGUGAACCGAAAUCAGGAGUGGCAGUUUCUGCACCAUAAGUUGAUGUGGGGAAGCUGGUGUCUCGAGGGCAACCCUGAUACGCGCUUUCUCACGUUCCAGCGCUGUAAUUCCCACACCCGAAAGCAGGAGUUCAAUCUCGUGGAAAACGACGUGCCAGCGGCGCCCAGGUAGUCCGCAGUCGCGACGAUGCGCUCGCGCGACGCGCCCAACCGUUGGUGCCCAGGCAGAAGUAGGGGUGGAGACUACGAAGCGAACCGGAUCCGUCUCCGUUGCGGUACCGGCAUUCCUUCGCAUUGGAGCAGACAGCCGAUAAAAUCUGGUGGGAAACGCGGGAGAUGGACAGAUGUCAAUGAAUACACGCGACCAACAAGUGCAGGUGAUGGUAGAACAAUUGGUACUCCUGUGGUUUCUUUCCUCUUCGAGGAUAUCUUUGCCAACCGGCACGGCGCGGCCGCGGCUGUGCAAACCACUAAACCUACAAGGUGCCAAGCAGAAAGAUGACUUUUUCAAUGCGCACACCAUGCUAGCAGCGAUCAGAGCUCCGUA